AUGGAUUUAAAUAGACUACCCAACGAUAAGAAACUACAGCUUUGCAGGUGGUAUUUUAAAGUCGGCUGCAUUCUAUUACCUUUCGUGUGGGCGGUGAAUGCGGUCUGGUUUUUCAAAGAAGCUUUUAUAAAGCCACCAUUUGAAGAGCAGAAACAGAUAAAGAAAUAUGUACUAAUGAGUGCUGGUGGUGCUGCCGUUUGGGCAUGCUCACUUGCAGCUUGGGUAUCAGUGUUCCAGACACGGCGUGUUACCUGGGGGGCUAUUGGAGAUUCUCUCUCCUUCAUUGUGCCACUUGGACAAGCU